AUGUAUUCUAAAGUACCAGUGUUCAAACCAUAUUGCUUCUGCUUAUCUCCAAGAAGCGAUUUGAUUACGUGGGGGUGUUUUAAGUUGAUAAUAACUGCAUUAUUGAUGUUGUACUUUACACUAACGAUCGUCGAAAUGAUAGCAGUCAUCAUUGCAUUAGAAAAUAUGUAUUACAUUGACGAUGUUGUAAUAUUCACUGUUAUCCUGGGCGUUUUAUCUACAGAUUUUGUUGUACACAUCAUUUUCAUCGUUGGAACUUAUAAGAAAAAUUUGAAGUUUUUUAGAAUGUACUAUUUAUACACUGUAUGUGUAUUAGUACUGACAGUACUUCAGGGCUUCGUAUGUUUUGAAAUCCUGUUAAAGAAAAGAUUUGACUCUUUCACUACAUUACUUCCUUUGUUACUAUUUGCCGCUGUAUCCACUUUCUUUGUUUAUUUAUUAAUCCAAAUAUAUGUUUUUGUACUCGUGAGGAGAGAAAUUGUAAAACUAAAAACUCCUGUACCGGGCAGAUUUGAAACUAAAGUCACUGUGAAGGUUGAAGAUCUACACGAAGAAGAAAUAAGCUCAACUGACGACAAUAAUAAGGAACAAGAUAUGUAUGAUAGUAAUGACAUAACCACAUAUAGUAAAGUUAAUGACAUUGGUGUUCAAAGUUAA